AUGGAGGGGAGCGUAGAAACACAACAUGCCUAUAAAAAUGAUGGAAUAGUAGGGAGCGCUUCUUUUACUCACACUGUGACAGAAGGUCAAAGAAUGGUUAAUUCAUCAGGAUAUGCGUAUGAAGUAUUCUUGAGCUUCAGAGGAGAGGAUACUCGAACAGGUUUUACCAGCUUCCUUUACACCAGUAUGAUAGAUGCGGGAAUCCGCGUUUAUAAGGAUGACAAAGAGCUUUGUGAGGGGGAAGAAUUUGGCCCGGAACUUCUCCAAGCAAUAAAUCAAUCGGAGAUCUCAAUACCUAUAUUUUCAAAAGGUUAUGCUUCUAGCGUAUGGUGUCUCAAGGAGCUUGUCCAGAUGGUUGAGUGCCAAAAAACUAGGGGACAGAAGAUUAUGCCCAUUUUUUAUGAUGUGACACCUUCAGAGGUUCGACACCAAACUAGGGGUUAUGGAGAAGCCUUUCUUUCACAUGAAAAUAAGAAUCGAUAUGACAAAGAGACUAUGCAUCAGUGGAAGGCUGCUCUGAGUGCAGUUGGGACAAUAAACGGGUGGGAUUUGCACAACAAGACCAACAGGGAAGAAGGUGAGAUCGCAAAAACAGUUACCCAUAAGGUUUUCAAUGAGUUGAAGAAGGCUUAUUUGGUGGUAUCGAACAACUUGGUUAGUGUGGACCACCAUGUGGAUAAAAUCAUGGAAAAGAUAGGUGCUCACACAAGUGAAACGCGGAUUGUGGGAAUUCAUGGGAUGGGUGGCGUUGGAAAGACAACGAUUGCAAAAUUAAUCUAUAAUGAGCUUUCCAACAAGUACAACAAUUGUUGCUUCCUUUCCAACAUCCGUGAAACGUCAAAGCUCAAGGGCAUUUAUUACUUGCAACAACAGCUCAUCUCUAACAUCCUUAAGAUGAAAUGGACGGAUAUAAAAAACAUCGAUGAAGGGAUUGAGAUCAUUAAAAAAAGGUUGUCUAAUAAAAAAGUCCUGCUUCUUCUCGAUGAUGUGGGAGAAAAGGAUCAUAUGGAUGCACUUGUAGGUAAGCAUGAUUGGUUUGGUAAAGGGAGCAAAGUUAUUAUUACUACAAGAAGGAAAGAUGUUAUCCACAUCCCAGAAGUGGACUAG